UUUCAGAACUAUUGUUCCAUCAUCUCUAUCAUGUUCGAUUUCACUUCUACUUUGCUUAUUUACUUCGCCUGGACAGAGCAUUUCUUAAAUGGGUACCUCACCCACACUACACUUGUCUGGGCCCAAGGAAGAAGCGCAUGGCAGUCACUGUCCUCAAUUCCCGGUUUGAUCACAGGAAUAUUGCGCCAUGACGAAGAACCUCAGUUUUCAAACGCAGUGCCCCCUUCUGAUGAUGACGACGACUUUGAGAAAUGGCGGAAGCAGCUUGGUGAAGCAGAAGCAGAUAGUGACAGACCUUUGACGCCACCAGAGGGUGAGGAAGAAUUCACCGAUGACGAUGGGACUAAAUACAAGUGGGAUCGCGGUCUUAGGGCUUGGGUUCCUCAGGAUAGCACGUUUGGGGUAGAAGAGAUGACUUUCUUGCAAGAAGAGGAAGUUUUUCCGGCUGUCAAUUUUUCUGAGGUCUCUGCAGGGGAAGAGGUUAAUGCACCUGGAAACGCUUCUGGUCCCUCUAAAGAGGAAGACGCUAACGGUAGCAGUGAGGUAGAAGAAGGAGAUCAAAGUUCUAAGAGAAAAUUGUCAGAUAAGGAAGCUAACAAGAAGGAAGCUAAUAAACCUCCUGAUAGUUGGUUUGAGUUAAAGGUUAAUACACAUGUUUAUGUGACUGGAUUGCCGGAUGAUGUAACGGUUGACGAAGUGGUGGAGGUGUUUACCAAGUGUGGAAUUAUAAAGGAGGAUCCUGAAACAAAAAAGCCACGUGUGAAGCUGUAUGUUGACAAAGAGACCGGAAAGAAAAAGGGAGAUGCACUUGUUACAUAUCUGAAGGAACCGUCGGUUGUUUUGGCUACCCAAAUUUUGGAUGGAACACCUCUACGUCCUGGUGGCAAGAUUCUUAUGUCGGUCACCCAAGCUAAGUUUCAGCAGAAAGGGGAUAAAUUUGUUGCCAAACAAGCAGACAACAAGAGGAAAAAGAAACUGAAGAAGGUGGAAGAGAAGAUGCUUGGCUGGGGUGGCCGUGAUGAUGCAAAGGUGUCAAUUGCCACUACUGUUAUUCUUCGUUACAUGUUCACUCCUGCUGAAAUGAGGGCAGAUGAAAAUUUAUGUUCAGAAUUAAAGGCAGAUGUUGAGGAGGAAUGUCUGAAGCUUGGUCCGGUGGACUCGGUGAAGGUUUGCGAGAAUCAUCCCCAGGGAGUUGUUUUGGUCAGAUUUAAGGAUAGGAAUGAUGCUCAAAAGUGCAUAGAGUUGAUGAAUGGAAGAUGGUUUGGCGGCAGGCAGAUACAUGCAAGCGAGGAUGAUGGUUUAAUUAACCAUGCUUUGGUCCGUAAUCUGGAUGAUGAUACUGCACGGCUAGAGCAGUUUGGCACCGAACUCGAAGCUGAAUGAGUUUAUAUGCUAUAAUAUGUUAUUCAUACAUCUUGAUUAGUGCUCCUUGUAAAAAAAUUCAGCAGCCGAUGAUCUUUUUAAUUAUUACUGUUGGUAGCGACUGUUACGUGGUUUUAAGAAUUUGAGCAGGCCAUAUAUGAAGAACCUUUAGUCGGAUCUUGUAGGUUGAAAUGUUCCUUUAGUGCUUAGAAAAAAGAAGCAUUUUUGUAAUCGUAAGUAAUGUAUAUCCUGUCUGAGUACUUUGUUAGUAACCUGGAUACCCUGUUGGUUGCCAAUUUUCGUUGAAA